CUAAAUCCUGAGUGGAAAAGCAAAUUCAAAACAAAAUGUUGCUCUUUCCCUCUUGGCCUUUCCAUUUGGAGAACUGAAAACAUUCAAUAGAGUAGAAAGUUCUGUUCCUUGGGGCAAAGUUUCCCCCUCAAAUAGGUAUGAUUCUGUUUCUUUGUACUAGAAUAUUCCAGAUAGUGGCACCUUUUUAGAGGUAACCAUGCCAUGCCUGUGUCCAGUAAGUAAAGUUCAUAGGGCCAAGUUGUCAAGCCCAUCAGUCUUUCUUAACAUACAUCCUAUUUUGGUCUUUUUUCCAGGAGCUAGCUCCUUUCUCAAAGUAACUUGCCUACUUGCUAGGGGGAGGGAAAAGGGGUAAAUAGGAAAUAACCUCAGGCGGAGCUAACUUUUGCUUUUAAAAAAGGACAAGCAGGAUAGCCACCACCCCUCCCCAAAACCAUCAUUAGGGUCAUUAAGAUAAGGCUUCCAUACGCAGGAACUACUUUACGCAUGUUGGGUGGGGCCUGUAUUUCUGCCCAACAAGGUUCUUUAGCCAACCUCCGUUUAGAGGGAAUCUUUAAAAGAGAAAGAAAAAAGCAAAAUUGCCACUUGCAUUUUACCUGCCGUCCCUUUCCAGUCAGGAGAGGUGGGAUCACACACCGGGUAGCUGAGAAGUAACAGAUCCUUACAUGGAAACAGGAGCCAUUCCAGGGGAGGAAGCCGUGUGCCCAAGUGAUGUAAGAGGGCCCAAAUCCAGCCGGGAGAAGUUUCUUCAAGCGUGGUAUGAAAAACGGAAACCGCAGACACUCCCCGCCGUGUCAUCUCAAGUGUCAGGGUGUGAGUCACCAGCUUGUGCUCCAAGCCAGGAGAACUGGACAAGGGACACAUCCUUGUCACAUGCCCUUUUCUACCUGAUGGUGGUGCCUCCCCCUCAGGCGCAAUUGUACGCAAGUAGCCGCAUGAUGGCACAGUGCCCCCGCCAAAGAGACUUGCAUCAUGUGGCCCAAGAGCUGGAGCCGGAAGCAAAUCCCAAAGAGGAAUUCCUGCAGAUCUGCGCUUCAGAUUUGCUGCUCAAGUCUGCAGAGAGGAAGAGGCCACGGUUGCUGCCGCCAAACCGUAAGAUGCACGUGGAGGUGUUGAAGAGGCAGGACUCGCCCCCACUGCAAGAGUGCCAAAAAAGCCCUGUCCCCCUGGAGUACAGCCAUCUGCUCGAUGCCAUAGAGAUGACUAAUCUGGCAGACCUUCCAGAGGUGGAAUCCUUCUAUCGAAGUUUCAUUCUCGGGCAGAAACGGAAAGGAUAUUCCAGGAGGGAUGGGCAGCUUCACCCACAGACGGAGUGUCGGAUACCUCCCAGGGCCACAGAAUCAGCUUCCUGCCAACAGGGUGCCAGGAGAACCGCCAGGAUGAGAUGCACACAAAACCGGAAGCUGAGCCUGAAGAGGAGCACUCCUCUGUCUGAGCUCACGGUGGCGACCAAACGGUCUGCGGACUCUUCUCAAAACGGCCACCUUCCGCCAAAGAAAAGGUAUACCCAAGGCUUCUUCUAGGGACACAUGCUGCAAUAUUGGCAGUGUACUAGGAGCUGCCGGUACACAGGGUUUUUAAAUUGGGGAGGAUUUUCCUUCUCCUUAUAUAUAUGUAUAUAUAUUUAUAUAUUUUAGCAUAGUCCCUGAGGUAUUU